AUGCUGAUGUUCAAAUCUACCCAGCAUAAUAUCCCAACUGAACGGCAGGGAUGUGCACGUGGUGUAGGAGCGUGCGCUUCAUCACAUAUGGACUUGGUUCUAGUAGAGCUGGAGAACGUCUCCAAAUGGGAGCAUGCAAAGAAGAGCUCGGGAUUCUUCGGAUUCAUCAAGGACGCGAUGCCAAUUCGUCAGUACACCGACACGGAAAUGGUCUUAUUACGAGCUAGUCUUAUGCUGAGUUAUGGAUAUGUCGUGCAAGCCUGUCCACUCGAUACGCUCACACAGCGACUUCAACAGACAAUCAUCACAUUCUUGAGGCAUUAUUUCGCGAAUAGCAAGCAAGAAACUGUUGUUCGUGAGGCGAUGCUUGAAACCAUGCGGCUAAUAGCCAUUUCCAUACAUCCAUCAAGACUACCUGGAGACUACAGAUUUGAUGCUCGAAAUGAAUUGAUUGGAUAUAUCAAGGAUUACGUGCAAAGCGAGACACCUGAAAUGCUGUCUAGCUCUCUCCGGCUACUGGCGGCAAAAGCUACUGCGGCUCUUGUACGCCUCGAACCUGCUCUGAGUGACGAUGAUGUUUGGGAUUUGGGUUGUGUAUUGACGCAGUAUAUUUUGCCCAUGUGUCGUGAAAAGAGCGGACUAAAAACGUUGGCCUAUGACUUGUUCGACUACGCAUCGACGUCGAUUUCAUCGUUUACGUCGUCUAGUAGCCGUGCCAGUACAAAGAAGGUAUGCUGUUUUUAA